UAAUAACGCGUAGAUUUUGGAGUUCAGCUGAAACUUCUAUGUUACUUCUGUUUUUUUCUUUUUGAGUUAAAAGUCAGUCUUUCUAUCUUAUAUAAAGCAUCCAUGGCGGUUCAGUGUUAGUUGCUCUUGCUCGAUUGUAAUCAGAAAAAGAAAAAAAAUAAAAGAAAGAAAGAAAAGGGUUUGUAAGUUUGCAAGGUACAUUUUAUCUCUUUUUGUAUGAGUCUUGUGAUGAUGCCAAAAAGGCCUUUUCAUGGAGAUUCUGAAAGUGGGAGUGAAGCUCCAGGUCAAGAUUCUAAGCGGUUUAAGAAUGCCAUUAGAGAUGUUCUUGGACUCCUUUCAAUGGAGGAUAUGACGAAUAAAAUGGAACCUUUUCUUCGCCGAGUGGUGAGAGAUGAGGUGGAGAGGACAGUGCAACGCUUCUUUCAACCAUCCUUCAGACCGUCCUUCAAUCAAGCUGAGACAUCAAGAGUUGGAGGCUUCCUGUUGCGCUUUAUUAACAAACCGCCUAGCACCAUUUUCACUGGUAGCAAAAUAGGAACCGAGGAUGGUAAUCCUAUCAGAAUUGAAUUGUUGGAUGCUAAUAGCAAUACUAUUAUAAGUUCUGGUUCUCUUUCUUGUAUCAAGAUUGAGAUUCUUGUCCUCGAUGCUGAUUUCGGUUCUGAUGAAAGAGAAUAUUGGAAUGAGAGUGAAUUCAAUUCCAGUAUUAUCCGCGAAAGAGAGGGUAGAAGGCCCUUAGUGACAGGAGGAGAUUUGAUGAUUACAUUAAGAGCUGGUGUUGGUUUAAUAAGUGAUAUAGUUUUCACUGAUAAUUCUAGCUGGCAGAGAAGUCGAAAAUUUCGGUUAGGAGUUAGACCUGUGCAAAAAACUUGUGGUGAAAUAAGGAUUAUGGAAGCUAUUAGUGAAGCUUUUGUGGUAAAGGAUCAUCGCGGAGAGUUGUAUAAGAAACAUCACCCCCCGCGCUUCAACGAUGAAAUAUGGCGGUUGGAAAAAAUCGCGAAAGAGGGUGCAUCUCAUAAGAAGCUGGCUGAGAGGGGAAUUGAUACUGUUGGGAAGUUUCUGCAGUUUUAUGCAGUUAAUCCAGCUGAACUACGAAAUAUGCUUGGUGGAGGAAUCUCAAAGAAGACAUGGGACACAAUUAUAGAGCAUGCAAAUGAUUGUGUUGUUGAUGAUCAGUUAUAUGCUUACUAUGAAUGUGAACAAACUUUUGGACUUCUUUUCAAUUCUGUCUAUAAGGUUAUAGGAGUAACAUUUGAUGGGCAGAUUUAUGAACCUCUAGAUAAACUAGCUCCUCAUCAAAAGGUCCUAGUGGAAAAUUUGAAGCGACAAGCUUAUGCUCAUGUGAAUAACUUCAUUCCAAUUGAUGAUCGUGCCAUUUUCGGCCCUUCAAGGCCCUUGACAUACCCACAAACUGAACCAUUUCAGAAUCUGAAUCCCGGUCUGCAACAACUUGAACAGCCACAGCAAGAGCAACAAGAAAUGCUGCUAGAUUUUAACACAAUAGAGAGUGGAAGUCAAUUACAAUUUUCUUUAGCACAAAACAAUCAUCCAGGACAAGUAUUAUCUCAAAUGUUAAGGAACAGUUUCAAAUUAAUGGAUCCAUUUUCGCCUCCUAAUUAUACAGGAGAAGCUAUUUGCUCUACUAGUUUAUCACAAUGGCCACUAGUAACAAGCAAUCAACAACUAAUCCCUGAGGACAUUUCUCAGUUUCCAACAUCAACAUCAUCUCCUGCUAAUCCAAUCAUUUUCGGUUCAAGUAACGAAGGAGAAGUUGAUUUCUUUUCUUCUUAUCCAAGAUAUGGUGUACAUAUGUCAAGAACUAGAAAACCUAAAGCAGGAUGGUGCAAACUACGAGCUGCCAUCAAAUUUCACUCUGUCAGGCGUCGUGUUGCUGCAAAAAAGCCAUGGCAAAGCUUGUGUACCAACUUCCAAGCAAGCUUCUGUAUGUAGAUUACUAGACUUUUAGGAAUCAAAAUGCUUCUCAAGGCUAAGGAGGUAAGCUUAAGCUCUCCUGAGUUCAUGAGAGUUAGAUAAGUAGAUUUUUAGCUGGCUUUCCUGUGUUUAAUUUUCUUGCAAAUCUUUGCUCUCCUUUCUUGUAACAAAUUGCAUAAAAGGGGAAUGAGAGCUAAAGUCAAAGUUUUUAUUUGAAAAAUCCCCAAUAUAAAAAAAUAAAAAUAAAUAUGAGAUAGAAAUAGAUGGGAGUUCAAUUUGGUCC